CUCUUCUCCCACAUUCCCAUCGCAAGAUGGCUUCCGAGGACGGCAGGCAGCGACCGGCCCGGCCACCGAGCGAAGAACGCAGGGGCGCCGCCUACGCCCGGGCGGUAGAACCGGACAGCGGGGUGCCCGGGCAUGUGGGCCCGGAGAAGCAGCUGCACAGCGCGACCGGCUACAACCUGGUCAUCGACACCGAAGGGAAAAUUUAUGGCACUAGAGAGCCCUAUAAUAACGAAGCUAUAAUGGUGGUCACAUCAAGAGGCGAUGGAGAAGUCAAAAUAAAAGGAAAACAUUCCAACUUCUACCUUGCUAUGGAUGAGAAGGGGAAAAUAUACCCUGAGAAAGAUCCCGAAUCACCAAACAUUUGGUUUAAAGAGCUUUUUGAAGAAAAUUGGAACAACUAUGUAUGGUUGGGCAAUAACAAACAAUGGUUUCUUGCUAUCAACAAAUCUGGGAAGUUGAAACAUGGCCACAAGACAAAGAAGAAGCAGAAGUCUGUAAAGUUUGUGCCCAGAUCUGCAAAUCCUUCUUAUUGA